AUGAUAUCUGAUGAAUCCAAAAAGCAUGACAUUGUGAGAUUCAAUCUUAAAAAGUCAACUCCGAUUUAUCCUGGAUGUCCAUCUCAUGUCAAAGAGCGAUGUGAAAUGUACUGUGAUGAGUGCGACUUCCCUGUUUGUACAACAUGUCUAGCUUCAGAUCACCAUCUAGGUCAUAAAUUAUUAAAAGUUUUACAAGUUCUUGAAGACAACAAAGCUAAGAUCAUCAAAGAACAUAACGAAUUGAAGGAGACAAUUUACCCCACCUUCCAGGACAUUGCCUGUGAUUUACAAACUCUACAGAAACAUCUGGAUGAUAUAAAGAAGACAAUGUCUGACAUCAAGGAUGAAAUCGAUACAAUUGAAAGUGAUAUGGACACUAAUGACUUGUCCAAACUAUUCAGUUUUUCAUCUAAUAUGAAGAGGUUUAGAAAUAUUCCAGAAAAAAUCGAGACCACUUCACCUAUAUUUACUCCAGGCAGAAUCCAUGCAAAACUUGAGAAAAAUUUUGGAGCUCUAUCUUCAAGUUCACUAACGGCAGAAAAACAUGGAUACAAUAUGAAGACAACACAGAAAUCACCAGAAGCAAAAUUUUCUCUUCCAGUCAGACAGCUGCUUGAUACACCACAGAGUAUAACCACCAUAGACACUGGGUAUGAAAAUCUUGUCAAUGUGGCUUGUCUGAGUGAUGAAGAAAUCUGGACAAGUGGACUUAAUAGCACCAUGGAACUCUACAACAUGAAUCAGGGAUCACUACUCAAGUCAAUCAAAAGCAACUCGGGGAACAUACCAUCUGACAUAACGGUGACAAAAAGUGGAGAUCUAGUUUAUACCGAUUAUAUUGAUAGAACUUUAAACAUUGUCAAGAAUGAAAAAAUAGAUGAGGUAGUCAGACUGAAGAACUGGAUACCAAUACGUGUCUGUAGUACCUCCUCUGAUGACCUCCUGGUUAUCUUGGUCAGUGUUGAUUUCAAACCAACAAAAGUUGUUUGUUACUCUGGCUCCCGAAAGAAACAAACCAUUCAGGUUGAUGAUCAAGGUAAACCUCUCUAUUCAUCUGGUUCAUAUUACAGAAAUAUUACUGAGAACAGGAACCUGGAUAUCUGUGUUUCUGAUGAAGGGGUUGAAGCGGUAGUUGUGGUAAACCAGGCCAGAAUACUGAGAUUCAGGUACACUGGAAAUACCCCUGCUCAAAAGAACCAAUCAUUCUGUCCACGAGGAAUCACCACAAACAGUCAAAGUCACAUCCUUAUAGCCGAUUAUAACAAUGACUGUGUCCACAUCAUAGACCAGGAUGGACAGUUCCUCCGUUACAUAAACUUUGAAUUGAGUGAACCAUUGGGACUGUAUAAGCAUGGCUACAGCAUGAAGACGACACAAAAAUCACCAGAAGCUGGAUCCUCUCCUCAAGUCAAACAGCUGCUUGAUGAACCAGAGACUGUCACCAGCAUAGUCAAGAAAUCACCAGAAGCUGGAUCCUCUCCUCCAGUCAAACAGCUGCUUGAUGAACCAAAGACUGUCAUCAUCAUAAACACUGGGUAUAGAGACCUUUUCAAUGUGGCCUGUCUGAGUGAUGAAGAAAUCUGGACAAGUGGAGGUGACAGCACCAUGAAACUCUUCAGCAUCAAUCAGCGAUCACUACUCAAGUCAAUCACAACCAAGUCAGGGAACACACCAUUUGACAUAGCAGUGACAAAAAGUGGAGAUCUACUUUAUACUGAUCACAGAGAUAGAACUGUGAACAUUGUGAAGAAUGAAAAGAUAGAGGAGGUGAUCAGACUACAGAACUGGAGACCUCGUGGUGUCUGUAGUACCUCCUCUGGUGACCUCCUGGUUAUCAUGAGCAGUGAUGAUUACAAACAAGCAAAAGUUGUCCGUUACUCUGGCUCCCGAAAGAAACAAACCAUUCAGGUUGAUGAUCAAGGUAAACCUCUCUAUUCAUCUGGUACUUAUUACAGAUUUAUAAUUGAGAAUAGGAACCUUGAUAUUUGUGUGUCUGACUGUGGAGGUAUAGCAGUAGUAGUGGUCAAUCAGGCCGGGAAACUCAGAUUCAGGUACACUGGACAAACUCCUGCUCCAAAGAACAAAACAUUCAAACCACGAGGAAUCACCACAGACAGUCAGAGUCACAUCCUUACAGCUGAUUACAACAAUGACUGUGUCCACAUCAUAGACCAGGAUGGACAGUUCCUCCGUUACAUAGAAUGUGGACUGAGUUAUCCCUGGGGACUGUGUAUAGAUACAAAUGACAAUCUGUUUGUUGGUCAGUGGUUAAACAGAAAAGUGAAGAAAAUCAAAUAUUUAAGUUAA